UUAUAAUUUUUACAUGUUUUUACUGAUAUCAGUUUUAAAUAUUUGCAAUGCCGUCACAACAGCACAAUUUUAUGAAACAUCUGGAGCGGAGAAGUUCGCAAAAAAUUCGCUUAAUGAUGAGAUCGCUGUUGGAAUAUGUCAGAUAUACAAUGGAACGACGUGUAAAAAAUAUUUAUAUGAUCAAAGCGUAUUUGUUCCACCGAACCUUUCAUUAAAUGAACUCGAAGAGAGGCUAAAGGCUGCAUAUGGAGUUAUUAAAGAAUCAAAAGAUAUGAGCCCAAACUGUCGUAUUUAUGCUCUCCCAAGUUUAUGUUUUAGUACUUUGCCAUUAUGCCGGACACCAGAACGAACCAAUUUGCUUUAUUUUGCCAAUAGAGCGGCACACAAGGAAACAAAAUCCAGGAAAAAUUUUACAAUAGAUAUUCGAACAGACUCUGAGAAUCAAAUAUCAAUUAGCCGUGUGAAACGUUUUUUAGAAAAGGCGACGAAAGAACGCAAAUUAGUUUUAAAGAGAAAAUCUGCCAUUACAUACGACGAUGUUUUUAACAUAGACGUUUUUAGUCAAUAUCCACCGACUAGAGAAACUGAAAAUCUACGGCGCAUUUGCCGCGACGAAUGUGAACUACUUGAGAAUGAACUUUGCCAAAAAGAGUACGCUAUAGCUAAACGGCAUCCGGUUAUUGGAGAAAAACUACCAUUAGAAGAGUGCUCGCGAUUACCUCAACAUAGUGACUGUUCCUCAAUGGGAAUAACGAUUGAUUUGGACCCAACGCAGUCAUGUUAUUGGGAAGAUGGUUCCGGAUAUCGCGGAACAAUGGCUCAAUCUCAAACAGGAAAGAUAUGUCUACGCUGGUCAUGGCUAAUGAAGGAAAUUUCCGACUAUCCAGAAUUAGCGGGACAAAACUACUGCCGGAAUCCUGGAAGCGUAGAAGACAAGCCAUGGUGUUUCGUAGGCGACAAAUCUUUCGAAAAAAUUAUAGAACCAUGCAAUAUUCCUAAAUGCUCGGAUAGCAUUUGGAUGUACAUUUUUACAACGUUAGGUGCUCUUUUAAGUUUUCUGUUCAUGUUUAUUUUCUUGAAGCUACUGAAGCGGAAGAAAAAUAAUGGAAUGACAAAUAUUCAAAAUAUAAAUACGCCAAAUGCAGACAAAAAUAUUUACGGAAACUCACAAGUUAACACUUCACUCGAAAUGUCGCGAAUUGACACCUCAAAUAAUGUAGACCAAUCAUGUGUUUUUACCCAGAAUAUGGAAAGAAGUUCACUGCUGCGAGUGCCACAUUACACUUUGGACGAUGUGGAAUUCGUUGAAGAGCUAGGGGAAGGAGCAUUUGGCAAAGUAUAUAAAGGCCAGUUAGUUUCAGCUGGAGGUGAUAAAACUUUUGUAGCUGUGAAGGCUCUAAAGGAGAAUGCCUCAUAUAAAACGCAACAAGAUUUUAGACGAGAAAUAGAAUUAAUUUCGGAUCUGAAACACGACAACAUUGUAUGCAUACUGGGAGUAGUUUUAAACAAGGAACCGUUUUGCAUGCUGUUUGAAUAUAUGUCCAAUGGAGAUUUGCACGAAUUUCUUAUAGCCAAUUCGCCAAAUGAGAACAAACUUCUUACGCAAUUAGAGUUCUUAAAAAUAGCUCUACAAAUAAGCGAAGGAAUGGAAUAUUUAUCUAAUCAUCAUUAUGUUCAUCGAGAUUUAGCCGCACGUAACUGUCUUGUUGGCGAUGACUUAAUGGUCAAGAUAUCAGAUUUUGGCUUGUCCAGGGAUAUUUACAGUUCGGAUUAUUACAGGGUUCAAUCAAAGUCAUUGCUACCGGUUCGUUGGAUGCCGUCUGAAUCGAUUUUAUAUGGUAAGUUUACCACUGAAAGCGACGUUUGGUCAUUCGGAGUUGUUUUAUGGGAAAUCUACAGUUACGGCAUGCAACCAUACUUUGGGCAUAAUAAUCAGGAAGUUAUAAAUUUGGUGAGAUCACGGCAACUUUUAAAUUGUCCGGAAUCCUGUCCAACUGCUGUAUAUUCGCUAAUGAUUGAAUGCUGGCAUGAACAAUCUGUCAGGCGACCGUCUUUUGCAGAAAUAACGCAUCGAUUAAAGGUCUGGUAUCAAGGGCAACAGAAGCUUGCGCUUACUACAACAAAUAAUAUUUAAUAUACUUCGACUGAUACUUUUUAAAAAACAUAGCAACAUUAGUUCUACUAAGCUGUAUGACUUUUUAUACAAUAAAAUUAGAAGGAAAAAAAAGAAGAACUUUAUGCAAUUCAUGGAAUGUCGAUGUUAUCACUUGGUUACGUACAUGAAACAAAACAAAAUUUUUUUUUUAUAUGUAAAGUGUAACUUUAGAGCUUUCCUUUCUCCAAUUAUGGGCAAGUUCGUCUGCUUUGAUAUAGGAAAUUUAUUCGUAGGAAGGCCAACAUGCAAUGUUUGGCAACUAUUUGUAAUGUAUUCAUUAGCUAAACUAAGGCUUUGAAUACUUUUUUACACAUAAUCCGACUACACAUAAAGCAGAGGUUUCCAAUCUUUAUGCUGCUACCUUUCCUCGGAAAAUGAUAAAAAUGUGUCCACAUCUUCGCGUUUUCUCUUUAUUACAAAUUUGAUAAUUGAGCUCAAUAUUCUCGGCUUUAAAAGAAGUCAGCCUUCUUCCAAAAGCAAGCCUUUGAUUGAAAACACUUUUUUUGAGGCAACAUCCUUUUGUCGGUCGGCCAUAGUUUUAUCACUUUCAAUUCAAGCAUCACCUGUUUAGCAAAAAUGGGCAGCGCUCGCAUAUAAUACCAUUUCAUAUGCAUCAUACAAUAUAAAUAAUUGUACAUUGUUGUUAUGCAAUUCACAUUAUGCUUUUACCACAGUAAUUCCAUGUAACAAAUAACUAUUCUAUAUCAAUUUCAUCACAAGAUACUGCAAAUUAAAAUUUAUUAAUCUGUAAAUGCUUAUUUCCAUUCAUUUGCUAUAAUAAAAAGAAAAUUUUGCACUGAUCUUUGCCGAUAAAUAUUACAAGUUAUCA